AUGGGUAAUGUACUUGCUAGAGAGUGUUGCGUUGGAAGAGAUAAUGAAGAAGCUAGAAAAAAGGCUCAAUUAGAAAUAGAGAAAUCUGCUAAUAAUAUUGAUGAUAUAUCUAAAUUUGAUGCAGCAUAUGAUAAACAUGAUAUAGCAGCAUUUAUUGGAUUAUUACAAUCAUCACAACCUAUAGAUAAAUUAGAUGAACCAAUGCACCCUUGGGCUGCUGAUCCUAGAACUGUUGGAGCUUUAGCUGCAACCCAAUUAGCUAUCUUAGCUGCAAGAGAUAGUCAACCUGAAUUAAAGGAUGAAAUAAGAAUGAAAGGUGGUAUUCCUGCUUUAUUAGAAUUAUUAAAGAGUAAAGAAGAAGAUCGUAUAGAUGCUGCAGUAGUAGCACUUUCAUUUCUUAGUGUUAAUAAUGCUAGAUGUUGUUUAGAAAUGUUCAAAUGUGGCGUUUUACCUUAUUUAGUUAAAUGUAUGGCUAGUGAUAUUGAUGGAUUACGUGCUGCUUCAGCACAAACUGCAAGAAAUAUAUUUAUUCUUGGAAAUAGUCAGAGAAAAGAAUUUCUACGUUUAGGAGGGGUUCCCCUUCUAAUAAAUCUUUUAAAUAAACCAAAAGAAAAUAUAGAUAAACCAGAAAGUUGGUAUACACCAUUAGAAGCCAUUUAUCAUAUUGAAGAUUUUAUUGUUGACCAAAAUGAGGAAUUAUUAGAAUAUACAAGGGCAGUUAAAAAAGCUGGAGUAGCUGAGAAAUUGAAAAUAUUGGCUUCAUGUUCAAAUAAAGAUGUAUCUGAAGCAGCAGAAAUCCUUCUUGCGAGAGUAGCAGAAUGA